UUUCAGAACACCAAUUGUAAAGAACAACUUUCCACCUGGAUAUCAGAUCUCUACUCCAUACAGCCAGCUCCCAUAUUUCCUACCGCAUACUCCAGCAACUCCAUUUCAAAAUAAGGUUGGCUUGCAGGUUCCAGCUUCUAUACCUUCCCAUGAGUGUCUUGCCAUCAAAGGAAAAGUUUAUACAAUAUUAAAGCAAAUAGGUAGUGGAGGCUCAAGUAAGGUGUUUCAAGUACUGAAUGAAAAGAAGCAGCUAUAUGCUGUCAAAUAUGUGAAUCUAGAAGAAGCUGAUCAGCAGACUAUUGAGAGCUAUAAGAAUGAAAUUGCUCAUUUGAGUAAACUGCAGCAACAUAGUGAUAAGAUAAUCCGCCUUUAUAGCUAUGAGAUUACUGAUCGUCAUAUCUACAUGGUAAUGGAGUGUGGAAAUAUUGAUCUCAAUAGCUGGCUCAAAAAGAAAAAGAAAAUUGAUCCAUUGGAACGAAAGAGCUAUUGGAAAAACAUGCUGGAAGCUGUUCACACAAUCCAUGAAUAUGGCAUUAUUCACAGUGAUCUGAAACCAGCAAACUUUCUGAUAGUUGAUGGAAUGUUAAAACUAAUUGACUUUGGUAUUGCAAACCAAAUGCAGCCAGAUGUGACAAGCAUCAUUAAAGAUUCUCAGGUUGGCACAAUGAAUUAUAUGCCACCCGAAGCAAUAAAAGAUAUGUCUUCAUAUGGAGAAAAUGGGAAAUCUCGAUCUAAGAUAAGUCCCAAAAGUGAUGUGUGGUCAUUGGGAUGCAUUUUGUACUGCAUGACAUAUGGAAAGACUCCAUUUCAGCAUAUAACAAAUCCAAUCAAUAAACUGCAUGCCAUCGUUGAUCCUAGUUAUGAAAUAGAAUUUCCAGAUAUUGCUGAGAAGGAUCUUCAAGACGUGCUAAAGCGCUGUUUAAUAAGAAAUCCUAAACAAAGAAUAUCUGUUUCGGAGUUGCUGAUACAUCCCUAUGUUCAAAUUCAAAGUCACUGUCAAACAGGUGUUCCAAAUGCAAAAGGAACUACAGAGGAAAUGAAACGUAUCCUUGGCCAGCUUGUUGGCUUGAAUUCUCCCAACUCUAUUUCUAGAGCUGCUAGGACUUUAUAUGAACAGUGUAACAGUGGCAAAAGUCUCGAUGUAUCAGCAUUUGCAAAACUUGGGAGUCAAAAAUCACGGACAACAAAAUGA